UUCCGCCUUCUUCCUUGUAUGCUGUUGAAUUGAACGAGGAGGGGGGGGGGGGUGAGACUAGAGGUCAGAGUUCAAUGUUUGACAGAAAGCUGAAUAUGGAUUCCAUAUUUCACGAGAAACAAGAGGGGUCUCUUUGCGCCCAACACUGUCUCAACAACCUCCUGCAGGGUGAGUAUUUCACUCCCGUGGACCUGUCCUCCAUUGCUCAUCAGCUUGAUGAAGAGGAACGAAUGAGGAUGGCGGAAGGCGGAAUGGCCAGUGAGGAGUAUAGGACCUUCCUGCAGCAACCAUCUGGAAACAUGGAUGACAGCGGGUUCUUUUCAAUACAAGUAAUUAGCAAUGCACUGAGAGUGUGGGGUUUAGAGUUAAUCCUCUUCAACAGCCGGGAGUACCAGAGCCUGAUGAUUAAUCCAAUAAAUGAGAACGCCUUCAUUUGCAACUACAAGGAGCACUGGUUUACUAUACGGAAACUUGGACAACAGUGGUUUAAUCUGAAUUCACUGCUGACUGGACCAGAGUUGAUAUCAGACACCUAUCUAGCACUUUUCCUUGCACAGUUACAACAAGAAGGUUAUUCCAUAUUUGUGAUCCGAGGAAACCUCCCAGAGUGUGAAGCAGAGCAAAUUCUUGGGAUCAUGAGGGUCCAGCAGCAGCAGCGACCAAGGCUUAUUGGAGAGGAGGAAGCCCAGACAAGUGCAGGCAGGUCGGCAGCAAUGAGCCAGGCAGAGAUGGUUUUUGGUGUCGAGGAUGAGGUUGUUGAUGAAGAUGAUGAGCUAAAAAAAGCUCUGGCACUCAGCAGACAGGACAUAGAUGUGGAAGAUGAAGAAGCUGAUCUUCGCAGGGCCAUUCAACUGAGCAUGCAAGGCGCAGUGAUGAGCAACAAAUCCUCAGAGUCUGAAAUGGGAAAUGUGAAAUCAGGGAGUCAGGCAGCAGGAAGUGCUGCAGGGGGUCAAAGAGCCGGCCAAAACGAGGCUCUCACAGCCGAGGAACUGCGGAGGAGGAGACAGGCCUAUUUCGAUCGGCAGCAGCAACAGGCUCAGACAAGCAUUCCUCAACAACCACAAACAAAAUCAUCAGGUGGCUCGGGAUCAGUAAACACUGGCGCUGAAGAGGACCAAGAGCAAAAGCCCAGCCAGUGAGCACGUGGAAGGUUUGCCUAUGUUGUUCACCACCUGCCAGGAGUGGCACCGAAUACUGGGGGGGUAGCUUUGCUGCUUCCUCUAACCUUUUUGCACAUGCGAACAUAAGGACAGUCAGAAAGCUGACGCGUUUCCCCUGAUUGGUUCGCUGACAGGCUAUAGAGAAGAAAACAACAACAACAACGACGACGAAGACAAGGCAUCAGUUAGUCCAGUCUAACUCAGUGAGACGCUGGGAAAAGGGUGAACACAGAACUCGCGAUGCAGUUUAUCCAAGUUUGCAAUUGCCUUUGUACCAUGUCGCCUUCUAUUUCUAUUGUACACUGUUUUUUAUUCUUGUUUUUUCUCUGCAAGAGACAGAAAAGGAAUCUUCAGCAGACAAAGGGGUGUGUUUACUUGUUUGGGAUGAAUCCUUAGGGAGGUGAUUGUUUUGGGAGGACCACAGACGAAGGUUAGAUGGAUAGUGACAGAGAUCCCUUAAACCCUUCCAUUGGGCUUGCGUUUGUGGGACCGAAGAUGUGAUUUCUACACACUGCUGUUCAUCAGUGGAGUUUUGAAAUCAUUUCUCUUUUCGCCAGGACUACUAAGAUGUGUGUUAUUAAUUCCUCACUCCAUCGAUCCGUUUAGCUGUGGAUGUCUAAGAGGGAACUUCUAAAGAUAUUUAGGCAACUGCAUAUUUUCGAUCCUGUGUCUUUGUAAUCACCUUCAGUAAAUAAGUGGGCACAAUGAAAUUUAAAAUCACACACUUCUCUCACAAUAUUAAUAGUAUUUUGUCCAUUUUUGAUGGAUGCUGAAAAGCAUUAUUCUAUAUAACUAUUUGCUGAAUCUAAAUUGCUUCGGAGUGAUACAUAAUAAUUGUGGACUCUGGAACAAAAGGAGCAAUCUGUAAAGCGCAUGAAACUGCAGCUUAUAGAUGAAUACAUGGUUCUUUUUUAGCACAGUAUAAUCACUUAAAAAACCCCAAAAGUCAAACACGAGCAACCAGCGACUUCAUCUGUUAUUUCUCCUCCAUAGCAAAAGUUAGUAUAAGGCUAGAUUGUUCAAAUGAUCACUCCCUUAUUUACGUACCACCACAAACCGUCAAUAGUUUUUCUCUGAAAACCUUUUUAAUUGCAGCGAUUGGAUUGAUCCCAUAUUACAAAAACACUUUGAGCAAUGUUGUACACAUUAGUUCUGGCAAUCGAUUAAUUUUUCUGACGUUUACUUGGCUUAAAGCUACAAAACCAUUGGCUCAGUAAUAACCAACAGUCAAAUGGUGUGAAUGGCUGAUGUUAUUUAACCUCAUUUGAAUCAUUUAAAACCCAAAGAUGGAAGAAAACAUCACUUGAAAGAGUUUUUAUCUUUUAUUUUUUUAGAAACCAACAUCAUGUUCCAACACACAUUGUUGAUGAAUAGACCACAUUACAGCAUUAAAACCGUUGAGUUUGUUUAUGGUUAAUGUUUCCUGGAAGCAAUGACUGUUCAGCAUGGAUAUAUCUUGAUGCCUCCACUAAAGUUUUGCUUGUUGCGCUGGAUAACUUCCAAGAAAAUGUCAUGAUUUAUUUUUUCUUUGGAUCUGCUGGGCUUUGUUUAUUCAAACUGCACUCGCAAGAGAGUGUAAAAUGGCAGUUGUUGGAUUUUUAUUGUCUCAUUAGUUUCUCUCACUCUAAUCUCUCAAUGAGUACUCAUCAUUUUUCUCAUAUUCCGUGUUACAAUCGCACGUGCUUUCAUUUAAUGUAUUAGUACUUGAUCCAGGAUUAAAGUGACAUUCACUCCUGA